UGUUGUAUUAUUUUAUCGGGGUGCACUUGAAUUUUGUUGCACAUCGUGUGAAGAAAUUGAAUCAGAGUCAUCGGCGCCAAAUACGCCAAACGAUCAAGUUUCACGUUCAGUACCGGCGCAGAACAAUAAUAUUCCAUCAUAUUCAAGCUCUGCCUAUCAGUAAUCGAUAUUUUGGCCCAAGACCAUAUGCAAUGCGUGAUGCGGACAAGCAAACGGAUACAAAAAAUCCCGAUCUCACCAAAUUGAUCAGCUAUGAGAAGGACUAAGUAUCCAUAGUACAAACAGCGGUCAUCAUACCUCAGAUGGUAUUAAAAAUCGUAAAAUUGAUGACGGUUCAACACUUGAUAAAUAUCAUUUAAGUAUGACAAAUUAUCAACCAAUGAUGAUAUGGAUUUGAAUAAAUCGUACACAAGCACCAAAUCAUUUUCAUUUCACUGUUGAUGAUGCGAUCGAAACUGUGCGUAAAUUCCGUUUUUCGGUGAAAAGUGAAGAGCGGAAAUCGAAGAGCACAUCAAUGUACUGGCCACCAUGUUGAGUCCACUCUACAAAACACUCACACCAAAAGCAUAUGAAAACAAGGCACCUGGCUGUCGGGUGAGAUUAAAAGUGUUACCACAUGUUUGGACUUUUGUGAUCAUGCACAUCGCGAUUUGCAUCGUUCAGGUGGGCUUAUUAAAACCAAAACCAAAACCACCCGGAAUGUCACUUGAUGAUGAACAAUUGCAUAUUUUACCGUUAUAUGUAAUGGACACAACCGAUGAAUUCGAGAGUGCUGAUGUGCUCGAGAAUUUCCGCAGAUUUCCAUGUAAAGUUCGUGUUCGUGCGACUGCAUUGUUGCCUUGUCGUCAACAUGGCAAAAAGCAUAAGGAAAAAUGCAACUAGAGUCAGUCAAAAGUGAAAAAGUGACCGUUCAGACUGUACGACAACACAAGUAACCAUUGGAUGGAGAUGGAAGAGUCAAUAAGUAACACUAAUAAUCCAGAACCGGCGUCGAGUCAAAAAUCGAAUGAUCGUAAAUGUGUUCGUAAGGAAAAGACUACUGAGCCAGCGAAGGGUAAAACGGUGCAUUCGUUAAAGCCACCAGGUCAAUCGGAUGGUGCAUCUUCGGAAAGAAACGAAAUUCUUGGUCUUGGCUAUUUUGGUUGCUGCUGUCAGUGCUGAAGUCACUGACGUGUUGAACAAAAAUGAUGCAGCUUACAAUUACGAACAACCAAAACAACAACAACAAUAUCAACCACAACCACAACCACAACCACAACAACAACCACAACCACAACCACAACCACAACCACAACAACAACCACAACCACAACAACAACCACAACCACAACCACAACCACAACAACAACCACAACCAGAACAAAACUAUGUCGAUACUGAAUUGAGCAACUUGCCAAAUCAAAAAUAUUCACAACCACAAGUCGCUAGCGAUGCCCAAUUGAACUUGCAAGCCGGACCAUCGUUCGCCCAAGGUGCACAAAAUGCACAAUUUGCUGCCCAAGCCCCUCUUGCCACUCAAGCUCCUCUUGCUACUCAAGCCACUGUUGCCGCUCAAAAUGGAUUCGCUGCCCAGGCUCCUCUUAAUACUCAAGCCUCUUUUGCCACUCAAAAUGCAUUCGCUACCCAAGCUCCUCUUGCUACUCAAGCCUCUUUUGCCGCUCGAAAUGCAUUCGCUGCCCAAGCUCCUCUUGCUACUCAAGCCUCUUUUGCCGCUCAAAAUGAAUUCCCUGCCCAAGCUUCUCUUGCUACUCAAGCCACUGUUGCCGCUCGAAAUGGAUUCGCUGCCCAAGCUCCUCUUGCUACUCAAGCUCCUCUCCAAAAAUACGUAGAACCACAAACCGCUAGCGCACAAUUGAACUUGCAAGUCGGUCCAACUCAACUUCCAUCGUUCGCACAAAACGCAGCUUUCGCCGCACAAACUGCUUUGCCAGCCGCACAAGCAUACAAUUUCGAUGCUCAAUACAAUCAAUACAGCUUGCCACUUCAAUACAGCCAAUUGCCAAUCCAAUAUGAAUCAGCUGCUUACGCUUUCCCUGUCGAAGCUGCCUAUUCAUCAUUCCCAGGUGCUUAUGCCUCAUUCCCUGCCUCAGCUUACGCUUCAUUCCCAUCCGCAUACUCAUCGGCUGCUCUUCAACCAUACUCGGGACUUUCGGCAUCUUUGCCAGCAUUUGAUCCAACUGCUCUCCCUCAACAACAAUUGAGCUUCCAAGUUGCAUCAACUGCCCUUCCAUCAUUCGGACCAACCGUUUUUCCGGCAAUCGCUUCAACCACCCCGCUUCCAGCAUUGUCCGAAUCAGCUCAAGUUCUUCCUCAAUUUAACUUGUCUCCUGAACUGUCAUUCAAAUCAGAACCAUUGGCAGUCACUCCAGCUCCACAACUACCACAACCAACGCCAGCUGCCCCACAAUUGCCAAUCGCCCCACAACAGACAGUCGUUCAACAACAACCAACUGCUCAACAGCCAAUUGCUCCAUUGAAGCCAUUCACCCCAUUGAAACCACUUGCUCCACAAGCACCUAAAUCAUUCAGCUACUCAAACGCAGAGGGAUAUAGUUACAACAAGCCAUCAACAUCAUUCUAAAUAUUAAUACACAAAUCUGAUGAUCAUUUGGAAUAUCUACAUCAUGCACACGAAUGUUUUGAUGACACGUUUGCAUGGCGAUUUGUUAAUUUUAUACAUAUCGAUAAAUUGAA